CAAAUGAAGCUACUGAUAGUUGAAGUUUAUCCAGUUCGCAAUUGUUUGAGAAACAACAGAUUGUUGGACGAUAUGCUACAUAUGAAAACUCCACGCACGAAUUCCGAUCUUCGUUGUGAGACCAACGGUGAGAUGGGGCUCAGCAUGAGAGUUGUGUUAGCAAUUCUCCUCUUCCGGUGUGUUGGGUCGGCCAGUCCUUUAAUUAAAUGUCAAGUCAAGUUAAAGAGCUAAAACCAAAAAGGAACGGUACAGAAACUGAGUGCGACUUGUGAUAAUACAUCACGGUCUAGAGUGUUAUAGCUGCCAAAAUGUUUCUGACCCGAGCGAGUGCAGGUCAACGCGCACGUGUGCGGCUGGUCAGUCGUGUUACCAGCAGAGCAGAGCCGAGCCAUCUGGACGGGUAUAUGACAUGGGGUGUCGAGAUAUACAGGUGUGUGCUGCACACCUGCCAGGAUAUUUGGUUGGGAGAUCGUUAGAAAAACGGCAACAAGCAGUAUGUCAUCAGUGUUGCUCUGCCAAUCUGUGUAAUGCACAAGCUCUGUACGGAUAUUGGUCCCACUUCAACAACGACUCAAUCAGGUACACAGAGAGACAAUGCUUUACUGCUCCUGGACAUAAAUAAUCAUCGGAUCCUGUAUAUGGACAUUCAGACGCACAACUAUAAAGUAACCCUUCUACCGCCGAUUUCACGCCCAGAUUGCUUCGACUUUGACCCAGUAUCCAAAACAAUUUAUUGGGCUGACAAUAGAAAUUAUACAAUUUUGAAGACGUCGUUAGAUGGUGGAGCAACUACUGUAUUAUUCCGUAUGCCAAAGUUCACCAUCGUCAUAGCACUUGAAGUUGAUCCAUUGGCUCGGCUUAUGUUCUUUGCUGACCAAAGACGUGGAAUAAAUGCGGUGAGCUUAAACACAAUGAAGAUUGUUCACGUCAUAACGAACAUCACCUAUCCGAUCGACAUUGAGCUAGAUCUCAUAAAAAGAAAACUGUAUUGGUGUGACAAUACUAACAAAAUUGAAGUGGCUGAUUACGAUGGAUCAAACAGGAGAACUAUCCUUAGCAGCAGUUAUUGUAGCCAAGGAAUAGCUUUGGACGCAAUCAGGAAUGUCAUUUACUGGCCUAAUGGCUAUGCUGGAAGUAUAGAGAAAGUAAACUUCGAUGGAUCAAACAGACAAAAUAUCACGCUUGCUAAUGUGAACUACAUCUUAGGGAUGGCGGUUGAUGGGAAUAUGAUUUACUACGCAAUUUACAAUGGCAGGUCUGUCUGGGCAAUACCAGUAAGUGGUGGGUACCCUCAUCAAAUCGGAAAAGAUGAAUUCGGGACAUUUUAUGAAAUCAAGAAAAACAAAAAAGAUUAUAACAACACAGAUGCAAGCAACGGGUGCCUACACAACAAUGGUGGAUGUGACCACAUCUGUGUUCCUUUAAGCAAUGAAAAAAAACGAACCUGUUUCUGUACAGACGGAUACAAUAGCUCAUCAAACGGAUCGUCUUGUAUUGGUUAUCCAUUGAAAGUGAGGCUUGCUGGAGCGAAUAAACACAAACGAAGGACGAGUGGAGGUAACCAUUGACAACGGCGCAACAUGGGGAACUGUGUGCUACGACGGCUUUGGCGUCGAAGCAGCCGGUGUGGUUUGCAAAAUGCUAGGAAUGGCAAGUGACAGUAGUGUUCCUACAAUUUCGUUCUUUUCACCUAGUUUAUCAUCACAGCAGCAACUUAUUCAUGGAUUAAAUUGUGGUGGGAAUGAGAGCACAUUAGCUGAAUGUGGUCAUGAUGAUUUUGGAUCAACACCAUGUGGAAACUCAGAUAUUGCAGCAGUCAUCUGUACUAAAGGGAUUCGUCUUGCAAACUCAGGCGCCCGAGAUCAAGGCAGAGUAGAAAUAUUUAUGAAUGGUGAAUGGGGAACGAUUUGUGAUGAUAACUUUGGUGAGGCUGAAGCUGGAGUAGUUUGCGGAAUGCUGGGAUAUGCGAGAAAUGGUGCGAUCACUGCUAUGGGAACUUAUGGGUCGGGGUCUACUUCCCAGCCUAUCCAUUUAGACAAUGUAGACUGUGAAGGUAACGAAGAUACUUUGUUGGAAUGCAAGCAUAAUGCCAUCGACUUUACCGACUGCAAUCAUAAGGAAGACGUUGGAGUUGUGUGUAAAGCAGCAACGCAUGCUGUUAUUCGUCUUGAGGGACAAGGUUCAACAGAAGUUCAGGGCAGGGUUGAAAUUUCAACUGAUAAUGGUGUUACCUGGAGUACUAUUCGCUCUGACAAUUUCGAUUUAUCAGAGGCAAAAGUACUAUGUCGAAUGCUUGGAUUUUCAACAUAUAAUGUAACAUACUGGGGAAAUGCCUUCUUUGGCGAAGGACAUGCAUAUAUGUCAAGCAAAACAUUCGAUUGCUAUGGAACGGAAACAUCUGUGUUGAACUGCAACACUUCUGGAUCAUGCCCUCAUUCCAAGGACGUCGGCGUUCGUUGCACCAAAGUUGACCUACAAGUGCGUUUAGUCAACGGCAGCAAAUCGUCGGAAGGACGCAUGGAACUUUCAAUAGAUAAUGGUGUUACUUGGGGAACGGUGUGUGAUGAUGCGUUUGACAAUCUGGAUGCAGCGGUUGUGUGCAAUAUGCUUGGAUACGGAAGGAGUGGUGCUACUGCAAAAGCAAGCGCUUUCUUUGGAGCAGGCCAAUCCACCCAGUCAAUUCUUCUGAGUCAUUUGUCGUGUAACGGUCAUGAAAAUACAAUCAUCGAAUGUAACAGCAACGGAUUAGGUGUUCACAGCUGCGGACAUGGAGAUGAUGCGGGUGUUAUUUGCAUUCCUUAAAAAGAAGAUGAAAACUUA